AUGAAAAUUAAUCAUAACCCAAAAAUAUUUAUGUUUGAUACUCCAGGGAUCCUAGAACCCUCUGUGUCUGAUGUAGAAAUGGGUCUGAAGCUAGCCCUGUGUGCAUCCCUUCAAGAUCAUCUGGUUGGCGAGGAAGUUAUUGCAGAUUAUCUGUUGUAUUGGUUAAACAGUCAUGCCAAGUUUAAGUAUGUGGACUACAUGGGAUUGGAGGAGCCUUGUGAUGACAUACAAAAGGUGUUGAUUGCUGGUGCCAUAAAAUUCAAUCGUGUGAGAACGGUGAGGGACUUUGAUGGGACAGUUAGGGAUGUGCCCGAUCUCUUGGAAGUUGCCAAAACUAUGAUAAAAGCCUUCAGGACUGGAGAACUGGGCAAGAUUCUUCUGGAUAUAGAUUUACUGACCCAAAGAUUUAAGGGACAGAUACAACAGGAGCUAGAAGCUGAAACUUCUGUG